AUGGACGGCCUGGGAUCCUGUGGCGCCGUGGUGGCUGUGAGCAAGGAGCAGCAUGGGAGCCAAGCCGGCGCACGAAGGGUGCGGCGGGAGCUGGAGCUGCACGCAGGGUUGCGGCACCGUCACAUCGUGCAGCUGCUGGCCGUGGCUGAGGACGAUGCAAACACUUACCUAGUGCUGGAGCGCUGCAGCGGUGCGACUGUGGCGGACGCCGUCAAGCACCUGGGCCCCCUGAGCGAGGCCCAGGCGGGGUGCGUCAUGCUGCAGGCGCUGGACGCCGUCGACCACCUGCAUGCGCACGGCGUCGUGCACCGCGACCUGAAGCUGGCAAACCUGUUCCUUGACGCCCGUGGCGCUGUGAAGCUUGGGGACUUUGGGGCGUCGACACGAAUCAAGCCGGACAGAGCCUCCGGGGGCUGGCAGCAGCGACGGCCGCAGCGGAGGCAGCGUGGCCUGUUGCUGUGCGGCACGCCAAACUACAUGCCUGCUGAAAUGCUGGGAGCUGAUUACGACGCAGCGGCGGCAGCCGGCGGCAGCGAUGCUGCGGGAGCUUCAAGCGGGUUGGUUGCUGCAGACAUAUGGGCGCUGGGCUGCAGCUUGUUUGCCAUGCUGGUUGGCCGCCCGCCCUUUGAGGCACCAGAUGUGCAGGGCACCUACAGCCGCAUACGCGCCAUGGACUGGUGCUUCCCCGACAGCGCGGCGAUCAGCCCGGAGGCGCGCGACCUCGUGGCUCGGAUGCUUGCGCGCGACCCAGCACAGCGCGCCACACUGCGCGAGGUGCAGCAGCACGCGUUCUUUGCGGGCCUGCACAGUAGUGCACGCAGCAGCGGCCGCGGUCAGCCAGGUGCAGAUGCGGCAGCAGUCGCGGACAGUGGGGAUGCUGCGCGCGAGGUGUCGUCGGAUGUCGGAGGCCCGAGCGCUGCCAAGGCAUGGCUGCAGGCCAACACUGGCGGCAAUCAGCAGCAGCUGCAGGCCGUGCAGGAGGAGCCCUGCGAUGUGCUGCCCUCACCGCAAGGGGACACCAAGCAGCAGCAGCAGCAGCAGCAGCAGCAGCAGCAGCAGCAGCAGGAGAGUCAGCGGCGAGAUGAGAUCAACGCCAUCCUGGCUCUCAUGUCCGCCGCCCCCAGCAUUGGCACCCAGGGGCCGUCCGACUUCAUCACUGCUGGCGUCACCGCCGCCGGCCCUGGGCCGCUUGGCCCCCUGGCUGACGCCGCCGCCGUGCUCAACGACAGCCCUGACAGCGGCGGCAGCGCCAGCAGCGCCAGCAGUGGCCAGGCGGGACGCCGUGUGGUAGCGCGGGACAUCUGGGCGGGCGCGGCUAUUGCAGGGGACCCCGGCGCGGACGCGUCGGCGGCGUCGUUUCAUGGCUGGAGCAGCUUGGCUGCCCCGCCGCACUCUGGUCACGUUGCAGUGGCAGAGCGCGGGCCAGGCAGCGCUGGGCGCUGCACGCCGUUGCAGAGCCCCCUAGGCGUCUCCUCUGUCGGCGCCGGGGGGCCGAUGUGGCGCUGCGCUGGCGGCGUCAGCCCCUUGCUGCGCCUGGGGCCGCAGCCGCCGGACGCGGCGCUGGCCUCGCCCGUCGAGUUGCUCCCGGCAGACGCGGGGUUGUGGCAGCAGCGGCUGCUGGGGGUUGCCGUCGGCCCCGGGUCCCCGCAGCAGCGCAGCUGGAGCGCUCAGCCCGACAGUGGCUCGCAAUGGGGGACUGGGCGUGCCGCAGGCGUGCCGUGCGGCCAGCCGCGCGUGCCGAUGAGCCCCCUGCCGCCGGCGGUGCCGCCGAGCCCGAUGCAGCUGCAGCAGCAACCGACGCAGCGCCACCGCACGCACCGCCUCAACAGCAGCGGCGCCGUGUCCCCAUCGCCUACAUCCUCAGCUUCGCCCGCGACGCAGCUGGUGCUGCCGCCGCCGGUGCUGCUGUCGAUGCAGCCUCCUGCGGCCGCGCGCCCCGCAGAGCACUCACUGCAGCCGCGCUCGGCACCCAUCUUGGAGUUUGCAGAGCCAGCCGGGCAGCACUCGCAGCCGCAGACACAGGCGCAGGGGCAGGCGCGCCAGCAUGUGACGGUGCGCCGCUCGCCACCGUUCUCCCCGGCCAUCUGCGGCGCCACCGUCUCUUCGCCGCCGCAGCCCUGCCCCGGCGACGUGCCGGCGCUGCAGCCGCGCAGCCCCGUGGCCGCUGCGCUGGGUGGGCUGCUGUUUGGCCCUGCUGGCAGCAGCGGCGGCGGUGGGCACUUGGUGACGGCUUGGUCUGCGGGGCGGCCCCCUGCUUGCGAGGCUGCAGUCGCAGCCCACCGUGAUGGCUCUCUGUCCCCACAGCCCGCGCCGCGGGAGGCGGAGCACGCGCACCCGCCGCGCCUGCUGCGCUCGCCCGCGCCGCCGGCGUCACCGUGUGGGCCGCCGCCGCCGUCGCCGGCGCGCCACGGGCGCCUGGCGGGGCGCAGCUUUGCGGCGCCCCCUGUCGGGCAGUCGCUGGACGGGGCUGCCCCCCACGAGCGCUUCUUCAGCCCCAGGGCCGCUGGCCACAGCAUGCCCUCCGCCCCCGGCCCCGCUGGCCGCAGCCUCUGCCCAACGCCGCGCCCCAGCCCCGCCCACGCGGUGUACGCGCCGCUGCCGCCGCCCGCGAGCGCGCUGCUCGGAGCGGCGUUUUUCGGCGCUGUCGGAGAGGGCCCCGCCGCCGUCGACCGUGCCUGGGGCGGCGUGCCGCCGUGUCCCCGUGCGAGCGACUGCAGCGGCGCCCUCCUGGAGCGCGCCGGGGCCGCAGACUGGGACGGCCCCGUAGGCGGCCCGGCGGCUGACGCGCCGCCUCGGGCGCGGCCGCCGCAGCUGCUGAUCACGCGGCCCUGCUGGGGCCUGGAGCACGACCCUGCCGGCGCCGGCGCCGGCGGGAGCGGCGGGGGCGUCCCAACGUUCUCACCUCCGUCGCCGGCGCCGCCGAGCCGCGUGCAGCCGCCGUGCCGCUCGCCGUCGCUGCGGAUGCGGGCACAGUACAUGCAGCCCGCCGCGCGCGUCCCGGCGACACCAACCUCUGGCUGUGGCAACAGGGGCGGCGGCGACGGUGGUGGGGCAAGUGGCGGCGGCAGCAGCAGCAGCAGCAGCGGCGGUGGCGGCGGCGGUGGCGGGCCGUGGCAGGGGCCGCUGGUGGUGGCUUUUGUGGAUUACUGCAGCCGGUACGGUUUUGGCUACGCGCUCGCCUGCGGGACGGUGGGUGUCGCGUUCAAUGACGGCAGCCACAUGCUACUACGCGGCGGCGACGGCGGCAGCGGCGGCGGCAGCGACCUGAUGUAUCUGCCAAGCCACUGCGAGGAGCGGCCUGGCGGCAGCCGCGCGGACGGCGGAUGGCUGGCCCUGCCGCAGGCGCCGUCGGUUGCGCUGCCGCUGCGGCUGGCAAAGAAGCGCGCGCUCGUGGGGCGCUUCGCUGGCUGCCUCACACACGGCCGCGCCUGGCGCGCAGAGGGACUCACGGACGGCAAGGGCAGCGGCAGCCGCAGAGGCAGCAGCAGUGGCGCUGCCCCAAAGGCGGUGCGGCUGAUUCAGCCGGCUGCGGUCAGCGGCAGCGGGGGUUCGUCCCCGACAGACGGCUUUGCCCCUGGCUGCGCGCCCGCGCCGUGCGACGCCGCGGGCGAGGUCGCUCCGGCGCACGUGACGCGCGUCGUGCGGGCGGCGGGGGGCCCCCUGCUCAUGGGCAUCUGCAUGAGCGACGGCUCGCUGCAGGCGGUUUUUGCCGACGGCACGCAGCUGCUGCUCGGCGGGGCUUGCUGCGGGUCACCAGUAGCGGCGCUUCUGCCUGCUGGGGCGGGCGAUUCUUGCUCACGCGACCAGCGGCCCUGA